AUGAGACUCUUCGGCCGCACAAUAUUUCCCAUGCUCCCGCCUUAUGGCGCGCAUGAAGGGCCCAAUGCUGCGCCGCCGUAUGCCGAUCCAGAUAAGCCUACGCCCUAUCUCGGUAUCAAAUCCCGCCUGUCCCAGGUUUGGAUCAAUCGAUGGACUAUUCUUAUCUUGCUGGUGCUCGUUCGUGUCCUGAUGGCUAUCACGAGUCUGAAUGGAGACAUGGACAAUGCUCAAUCGCAAGCCCUCUCUGCUUGCAAUAGUGUCCAGUCUAUGGGAAGUGCAAUGGCUUCGCUGCCGCACUACAUGUCUCAUGGAGUCAACGAACUCACGGCUCAGGGUAUCACAAAGACGGUUCAUGGCCUAGUCGACGUUCUCGAACUCAUGAUUACCGGAGUGGAAGGUCUCGUCCUUUUCUACAUCGAUUUCCUCGUGCAGACUUAUCUGUGCUUGUUUACCUUGGUUGCCAGGGGCGCUGCCGAGAUGGCCUUAAGCAUUGCCAGCGACGUUACCAACUGGCUAAACAAAGAGCUGCCCAGUAUUGAGAACGGCAUUUCUGACGUGGUGUCGGACGUUGAAAGCGGACUGUCGAAACUCAACGAUUCCAUCAACGAUAUCAAGAAAGGCUGCGACAAUUUCAUCACCAAAGGUCUUUGUGAUGACCUCCCCACCAUUCCAACUAUUGAUCUGACAAGUCAAAUGGAUAAUUUGAAAAACCUCAAAAUUCCGACCUCGGUCAAUGACGACAUCAGCAAAGCAAACUCCACUAUUCCGACGUUUGACCAGGUCAAGAAUGCUACUUCCACGGCAAUCAAAUUUCCCUUUGAGAAGCUUAAGGACGAGGUCAAAAAGCACCUCGGAAACUACUCUUUCGACAGUUCUACCUUUCCCGUCCCCGAAAAGCAAGCCCUGUCUUUCUGUGGCAAGGACGACGGGAUUGACAAGUUCUUCGACGGUCUAGCAGACACACUCGUGGAAGCACGAAAGAUUUUCAUAGCCGUUCUUGCAAUCAUUGCCGUUCUUGCCUGUGUCCCCAUGGCCUUUGUGGAAAUCUACCGUUGGAGAACGACAAAGCAACGGGCCGAGAUGGUCGGCACCGCGCAUGACUCGCUCGAUGUCGUCUACCUCAUCUCUCGCCCGCAUACCUCGUCCUUGGGAAUGAAGGCUGCGACUUUCUUCAACAACAGCCGCCACCAAGUCUUAGUGCGCUGGGUAUUCGCUUAUGCGUUUUCAGUCCCAGCUCUUGUGUUGCUAAGUUUGGGUCUUGCCGGCCUCUUCUCGUGUCUCUGCCAAUACAUUCUUCUCAAGUCUGUCGAAAAGGAGGUCCCAGAGCUGACUGCCCAAGUCAGUCAGUUUGCAGACAAGGUUGUCACUUCCUUGGAGAAUUCUUCCGUGCACUGGGCACAAAAGGCAAACUCAGUCCUCAACUCCACUCAAAGUGACAUUAACCAUAAUGUUUUUGGCUGGGUCAAUGUGAGUACGUCGGCGUUGAACAACACCCUGAAUGUUUUCCUCAAGGAUUCCAACGAUGUUAUCAACAAGACGUUCGGAAACACCCCACUCUACGGUGCCGUCAAGGGCAUCUUUGACUGUGUUGUCGAGAUGAAGGUGGAAAGUGUUGAGAAGGCUCUCACUUGGGCUAGCAACAAUGCUUACAUUACCAUUCCUACGUUGCCUAACAAUACCUUCUCGGUUGGGGCAUCAGCCAGCAUGGACAGUGGCGACAGCUUCCUGUCCGACCCUGGCUCGACGACCUCUAAUCAGAUCACCGAGGUGGUUACUAAGGUGACCAACAAACUGCAAAAAUCGAUAGAAACCGAAGCCAAAAUUUCUUCUGCGCUCGUUCUCCUCUGGGUCCUAAUUGUCUUGAUGGGCGCCAUGCGCGCCUUCUUCCUCUGCUGCACGCGCCAGCGCGUCCGUGGCGACGGCGGCGGCCAAAGACCAGUCGGCCAAGGAGGCUUUGAACCCGUCGAACCACCCAUGGUGAUGACCGGUGGCGGUGUUGUUGAUUCCAGAGGCACUACCGCUGCUGCUGCUGCUGCUACUAUUCCUGCCAGUCGCGAAGUUGAGCACAACCACUCCGCAUCGAGCCGUGCUGUGCCGACUGAGCGAGAUCGCAACGACCCUUUCCAGCAGGCCGAGUAUGAGUAUCAGGAUCAGAAAAUGGGCUUUGCCGGCGAGCGCGAUUACUCGGCCGCCGUGCACCCUACCGACUCGGGAAAUAUGAAUACUCGGCAAAGCUGGUAUGUCGAGUAUGGUAGGGACGAGAAACGUCGAUGA